CCGAACUUCAGAAUUUGACUGAUUUGACUCAUACACAUCAAAAUACGAAGAUAGCAUUUGGACCGAUUUCGUGUCUUCAUCUCUCCAGCUUCGCGUCUUCAUCUCUCGAAGAUGGAAUCUGGCCAAGAUCAAGAUUGUGGUGACUACAAGUGCGAUCCAAUUACAGCAGAAGAAUGUAAAAUUCUUGCUGAUGUUGUUGCUGGACGAGAAUUUGUAUGCGGUAAUGAAGUUGUACUUGGCGAUGUUGUCGCUUCAGCUUCUAACCCAAAAGUUCAAUUAGGACAGGUGGUUUCUAUAAGGGAAUACGUUGAUUUGGUAAGAUAUGGCAGCGGACCUAUCGGAAACGUGCCAUCGAUUAAAUUGCAAAGGGUGAGAGAACUUCAAGUUGGAGACUAUGUGCUCUGUGGGGCUUACUUGGGUAAGAUCAGGCGUGUUCUCAAUGAUAUUCGUGUUCGAUUUGACGAUGACACUGUGAGAACAAUUAAGGAGGCUAACACCUACACACUUACACCAGAUAGUUUGAACAAGGAAGAUAGUGGAUUACACUACUAUUAUACAGGUGAGCGUGUAAAAACAUGGAAAGAUCAUAUGUUUUAUCCAAGGAUAGCUGAUAAGUUUGGUACAAUAGUUGCAGUUACUGCUGGCUCUGUUUUAGUCGAUUGGAUUACAUCUGCUGGAGAUCCAUCUGUAAGACAAGACCCACCAUCUGUACGAGAAGACCCAAAGAAGUUGAAAAAGUUCACUUGCUUCUCUCAUUUAAACUGGAAAAUAGGUGACUGGUGUCUUGUUCCUUCACUUCCUGCAGUAUCAUCAUCGUUAGUUUCCAGAAAACCAGACAAACGGCCAUGGACUUUAGAAAGGAUGAUGGAUGUGAUGCUUAAAAGGAACAGUCAUAGAUUAGCGGAAUAUCUAGUUAAGAAAAGGUUAUUAGAAAAGGAACUUCGAAUUUUUAAUGUUAGAACUUAUGUUGAUGUUGAGUGGCAGGAUGGAAAAAUAGAAAGAAAUUUGGAACCUGCCUCCUUGCUGCCAAUUGAAAACCCUGGAGAGAAUGAUUUUUUUCCUGAAGAUUAUGUGAAAGAGAAAGCUGCUGACGAUGUUAGACGUCGUAUUGGGGUUGUUAAAACUGUUAAUGCGGAGGAACAAACAGCUAUUGUCAGAUGGUUGAAGCCAGACACAAGGUUAAAGGACCUCAUCAUAGAGUUUGAAAAAGAGGAGGUCGUAAGUGUAUACCAACUGAGUGCGUUUGGCUGUGGCUACGGAGACUUUGUUGUUGGUUUGUCACCUGUUUCUGUACCAGAAAAAGUGGGUGAUACUUGUUACCCUUGGGGGAAUGUCACUGGACUCAAAGAUGGUAACAUCGAGGUCACAUGGGUUGAUGGGAAGAAAUCCAUGGUCGGACCUUAUGCAGUUGGUGUUAUUGAUCUUGAUGAUGAUGAUGAGUCUACUGCAGCCGAAGGAAGUGAAGUUUCUGAUGAUGAAUCAAUUGAGAAUGAUAAUGAGGCUGGUGACGGAGAGGGAGGGAAAGGUAGUAAAGAGAAAGAGAGUGUAAAUGCUAGUAAUACAUUUUUUACGUCAUAGAUCAGUGCUCUUAGUACAAUAUUAAAGCUUGUAAAUAUCUCAAAGUCAGCUACCAUCA